AUGAACUCCAAAAAUCUUGCAAUCGUUUGGGCACCAAAUUUGUUCAGAUCUCCGCCUUCAAUUACCUGUGGCAGCAGUAGCAAUGCUGACCCAGAUAGCCGCAAAGCUAGUGGCGGCGAUCCGUCACUUUUACGUGGCCUGAACGCACAAACGGGUCUCUGUAACUACAUUCUCGUGCACGCAGUUUAUCUCUUCUCACUUGAAAAGGACACCCUCUCACUUCCGAGAAUUGCGAUCAGUGAUUUGUCGGCGUCAGUUGGCUCUUCGUCCUGCCACGCGGUCGCAAUGCCAGCGGCAGCUUCACCGGAUUUGGAUCGUCAUUGUAUUAACGUUAAUGGUGGGCCAUCAACGCUGCCAGUUUUCCGAACUGUUUUGGAGAGGCCAAGGCGCAGGUUUGCUAGAUCAUCCAACUUGCAAGGAAGCAAUGUGAUGUCAUCAGUACCGCUGUAA